AUGAGGUGUGAACCGGAAUAUGAGUUUAUUGGAAAAAUUGUUGAAGAGGUCUCUAUAAAGAUCAACAAUAUUCCUUUGCAUGUUGCAAGCAAGCCAGUUAGGUUGGAGUCUCAAAUGUUAGAAGCUACAUCUCUCCUUGGACUUGAAUCUAAUGAGAGAGUCAGCAUGGUAGGCAUUCAUGGAAUCGGCGGAAUAGGCCAAUCAACAACUGCUCGUGCUGUGCAAAACUUGAUUGCUGAUCAAUUUGAAGGUGUCUCUAUCUUGCUGACAUAA